UGACACGCUGUGUUUCAGGUCUGAGGUGUGUGUGCCAGCUGUGUGCCAACCACGUUUGUGAGACAACCUCCGAUGGUGCCUGCUGGAACUCUGUGAUGUUGAUUGAUGGCAAGGAGGAGACGGUGAAGUCCUGCCUGACGCCCGCCGAGAUGAAGGGCCAGGUGUUCUGUUACAGCUCCCGUAAUAAUGUGUCGAAGAGGAACUGCUGCUUCACGGACUUCUGCAACAACGUGACCCUGCACCUACACUCAGAGAGGCCUUUGGAAGAACCCAGCUGGAGCAGGCUGCAGCUCACUGUGGUCAUCCUGGUGCCGUCCUGCCUGCUGUUCGCUGGGAUCCUUCUUGGUGUUCUCAUUGUGCAGGGAAACUACUGUGCCUACAGUCGAGCCCACAAGCAAGACCCAGAGGAGCCUCUGGACGACCAAAUGCUCAUGUCACCUGACAAAUGUCUCAAAGAACUCAUCUAUGACAUGAGCACCUCAGGUUCUGGAUCAGGUCUGCCUCUGCUGGUCCAGAGAACCAUAGCUCGGACAAUAGUGCUGCAGGAGACGAUCGGAAAGGGUCGAUUUGGCGAGGUGUGGCGGGGCAAGUGGCGAGGAGAGGACGUGGCGGUGAAGAUCUUUUCCACCAGGGAUGAGAGGUCCUGGUUCCGUGAAGCCGAGAUUUAUCAGACGAUCAUGCUCCGACAUGAGAACAUUCUGGGAUUCAUUGCUGCCGACAACAAAGGUCUCCAAAUCUGUAGCUGUGGAAUUUUGAUUUGUUAUGAUAAAGUUACCUCACUUAUUCAGCAUUACUGUGCAAUACGCGUGCAAACGUAUUAUUUGCUGUGUGCUGCAGAUAACGGCCUGUGGACUCAGCUGUGGUUGGUGUCAGAGUACCAUGAACACGGCUCCCUGUAUGACUACCUGAACAGAUACACUGUUUCUAUGGAAGGCAUGAUUGUCCUGGCUUUAUCAAUCGCCAGUGGGCUGGCACAUCUUCACAUGGAAAUCAUCGGCACGCAGGGGAAGCCUGCUAUUGCUCACAGGGACCUUAAGUCUAAAAAUGUCCUGGUGAAGAAGAACGGCACCGCAGCCAUCGCAGAUUUGGGUUUAGCAGUGAAACACGACUCCAGCACCAACACCAUAGACAUACCGUCCAAUCACAGAGUGGGAACUAAGAGGUACAUGGCCCCAGAACUCCUGGACGAGACAAUCAAUAUGAACAACUUUGAGUCAUUUAAGCGAGCGGACAUCUACUCGCUCGGCCUGGUGUUCUGGGAACUGGCCCAAAGAUGCUCUGUCAGGGAACUUAAUGAAGAUUUCCAGCUGCCUUAUUACGACCUUGUGCCUUCAGAUCCGUCCGUUGAGGACAUGAGGAAAGUGGUGUGUGAUCAGAAACUCAGACCCAGUAUUCCUAACCAGUGGCAGAGCUGUGAGGCCAUGCGUGUUAUGGGCAAACUGAUGAGGGAGUGUUGGUACGGUAACCCUGCUGCUCGACUCACUGCUCUACGGGUCAAGAAGUCUUUGUCUCAGUUGUCCGUCAUCAAGGACACAAAAGAAUAGAUGGAUUUGUUGCCCUGCAGAUCAACACUAGUGUUGGAACUGUUGCAGCAAGAGGAACUGAGAGCAAACGAGGACGAACUGAGCUCUCUGACUGCCGGAGGCUGCCCUCUGCAGGACAUAGUUACACUGCGCACCCUAAGAGAGCUUCAUCAGAUUGUUGUUGUUGCCAAAGUAUUAAGGAGGUGUCUGAGGCUGGAUUUCGUUUUGCACACAGACAUAUGGAAUGAACCUAUAUUUGAACCAAACAGCUCCUCUUUAGAAAGAAAGAGCCGUAAAUAAAUAAAUGUAUGUUUAAUGUAUAUACAGAUUAUUUUUGCUACCUCACACAUUUAAGUUGCCAAAGCUUGAAGUUGCACAUUGUGGUAUUUUGUAUUUUUUGUGCCAUAUUUUGUAGCAAACACAGUGUUGCUGUGCUAAAGGACAAUCACAGAGGACAUUGGAAAACGACAACAAAUUGAAUUGAUAUAAAUGUUGACAUAAAUGUUUUAUUGAAUGCUCCGGAAUGGUUGCUCCAUGACAUUUCAUUUCUCGUCUAAGAGGCUUCUUCAGUUCUGUUUUGUGUUGAAGGUUUUCCUCCCAAACAACCAGCAAUCAUCCUGGUCAUAGUUCUCCUAAUGCCAUUAAAUCAGUAGCAACGAGAAAUCCUCAAGAAAUCUACUGAUUCAGAGACAUUUGCACAACUGUGACCGUGAGAAGUGAGAAUCUGCACAGAUGUUCAAAGGUGGAGGAAUUCCUUAAGUUAAACAUAAUGGAAGCCUUAGUGGGUUGCAGUGGUCAAUCAGUCUGUUGGUGCAAACACAUCCACACCCACUGACUGACCUUUCAUAUUCCCCAAGAGAUGACCUCUGAUUCCUGGAGUUAAUACAUAACUGAGGUUCACAGAAAAACUGCUCAAACUAAUGAAAGCUGAGUUCAGUCUUUCUCUGUCUUUAAUGGGUUACAGUAGGAAACACUGACAGAUGUAACAGCUUGACCUUCUCCGACUCCACCCUCAGGGUAAACCCUUGCUUUUAACCGACGUUUAAUUGCGAUGCAGAGUGCAAAGAUGUCUCUCAAUUUUGACGGCCUCCGAGGUCGGUCGUAUUACCACUAUGAGAAUGUACAAGUGUAAACUUAAGAAGCGAAGCUGGAGAAGCUUGUGAAUUUUGCACACUGAAAACUUUCAGCUCACAGGUGAAUCCUAGUUUUUGGACAAAAUAAGCUCUAUCAUGAUUGUGUACAAUAAUUGUAUUCAAUUUAUACUUCAUUUGCACUUUGGACAUUCAAACAAACAACUGACAACUGUGCUCAUCAGAAUAUGACAGUAGAUUUGUUUGGGUUAUGGAUGCAAACGAAUGCCACUGUCAGUCCAUUGUCAUGAGAGGCUUAUGGAAGGUGCUCACAGGUAAAUCUGUGCACUCACGUGUGAAGGUUUACCUGUGUGUCUCUGUGUGUUUUUUACACCAAGUGCAGUGAUUCUUUGUUUCAAGAUGUGAAUCUGAAAAGUCAUUGUAGUUUUUGUGAAGCUGUGAAACAAAAAAACAACGUUCCAUGUUUCCCACACACUGUGGUUUCAUAUUCAUGUCUAGUUACAUAUCUCAAGUUAAGGUUUAUAUUGUUUUAGUUGCAUACCACAAAAUACAUUUUCCUGCCAUGAAGGUAUCAGAAUUACUGGCUGAGCAUCAGCAGCACUGGCUCUGGAACAGAGACUGUACAAUAGGCGAUUUAUAUCCUGGCAAGUUUUUAUGUUUUAAGUACUUCAGUCAUGUAUUUAUUUGACUGUGCUGCAAUGCUACAUGUAAGCAUCUGGCUCUGCCUCUACUCACUGAAGAUACCUAUACAUACCUAGAGUAUAUAAGUUGUAAGCCAUUCCAAAGUGGAGCGACAGUGACGACUAUGUGCAAUUUAUGACUUGUGUCUUUUUUAUAUAUUGUCUGUGACAUAGCUCAAUAUUAAUAAAUGUGACACUGCUUUCAUUAAA